AUGAGCAGCCGUUCCAGCUCUUCCCCGUUAACUUUACUAUUAAAUUCUUGCCAAGAAAACUCAAUUUGCGUCCAAGCCGCUCCACUCCCCAGCGUAGAGUUAUGUGAAUAUGCUUCCCAGCACCUAUCACUAAUCGAAGAGGACACUAGGGCUAGGCUGUUGAAAUUGUGGAACAGAUUGUCUUUGAGGCAAAAUAAUGAUACUCAAAUAUUUUCUAAUAGCGAUUUUGGUAUUUGGACCAGACUGAUCGAACAGGUCUGUUUCGAUGAAAUUGAAAACUCAAAGACCAUCCUACAGUUGGAGCGCGAGGAGCAGAUCUAUUUUGAUACUCUGAAGUUCAUUGAAUUGGGAAUUGCAUCCAAGGAAGCUGCUUUAAAUGUACUAACUGGUGACAUUGGGAAUCCUUUGACUGCAUAUCACUUGGCAAUGUCUUUAUAUCGCAAUAACUUGUCAUAUUCGUAUGGGUCGUUGGCAAUUGAGACACUAUUAGCAACUAUUGCCCCAAAGAUGCGAUCAAAUCUUGAUUUUUCAGGAUUUAUAAAAACUGCCUGCUUAAACCGCCCUGGUAAUUCCCAAUCGUUGCGGCGUAUAAUGGAUAGGGAACCUUCCUCUCGGGGGUUUUGUGGCAUACCACUAGUAAAUCCAUUGGCCCUUAAAGAGAUGUCUGGAGAUGAUCUCACCGGCGACCUAACUGGAUUGUCAAACUAUGCUAGAGUUAGUGGAGCAUCUGAUCCAAGUGUAUCACCACAAAAACCCUUCUCUUCAUUUGAUUUUUUAAGUAGCACUCCAUCAAAUCUGCUUUAUAGACAGCUAACCAAACAUGCUACCCAAGGUAUGAGAUUGGUGGCAGAUAGCACUCCAUAUUCACUACUGAACCAACCAAUGUACCUUAAAAUGUACAGUAAUGUAAAUUCCAAUAAAAACAUCAAAAAUUUUGCAUUAAAUAAACAUAUUUACCCCAACACAUUUUCCGGAUCAUCAAUAACCUCACCCGAAGCAAAACCCAGUUGUUUGUCUUAUAGACCGGACAAAACAGUUGGAAAUGACCAAUAUGCCAAAAUAAAAACUGUAAAAAGACGCCGUACAGACUGUAGGUGUUGCAAAACUUUAUGUGAUUGCUGCGGAGAUCUCAUAUCUGAAGGCAUAUUCACAUUGUCUGAUUCUGAAGAUGAGGGGAUUUACAAUAUGGAAAAUCCACAAUCGCAGUCUCGUAAGUUGAUGCUGGAGAAUCUCAAGGUGGGAAAACUAGCUAAUGGACAAAAGGCCAUGUCUAGGGAUGAAUUGUCACAGAUUCUCACUAAAGAUGGAUUUGAUUUUCUAAAACCUGCAUUUAUAUGCAAAGUAAUCAAUAUGUUGUAA